CAGUCCGCUGCGCCAUGGGAUCGCGCGCGCUACGCUUGGCUGUCGCGGCGCUGGCUGUCGUGGCCGCUGCCGCCGCUGCCGGUGACAUGGAGAUGGUUUUAUCCAUGUGUUGUUCACUAGGAGAAAGCUGGGCUGGAAACUCAUUUCUCUGCAGUGAAUAUCCCAGUCCUGUUGCUGGAAUAGCAAGAGAGCAGCAGAGUGUUUGUUUAUCAGCCAUUGAAAUUUGUUGUACUCGAACUAAAAGAGAUGAACAGUGUGAAAGUGGAAAAACUGCAGCAAGAUCAGGGAAGGACUGUACUCCAGAAGAUAAAUGUGGAGGACAGUUUCACAAGGACUGCUGUGAAGCAUGCAAAUUGGGUCUGUUUUCGGGAUCAAUGGCAAUGGGAUGCACCUUUCAGUCAUUUUCUUUGGGUCAUCCAUGGGAUCAAGCAUACAAGACUUGCUGUGCUGAAGUAUCCUCCAGUACAAAGUUUUCGGAACCUGCAGACAAUCCUGGGAUAAUAUCAACACCACCAUUACCAGCUUUGGAGAGCCUUUGUGACACAUUGCCAGGAGAACUUUGUGCUCACAUCUGUAUACCAGUUCCAGGAUCGUACCGGUGUGAAUGUAGAGAAGGCUUCUCUUUAAUGGCUGAUGGAAAAUCAUGCCAGCAAGAUAAUUUACCUAACAGAUGUAAGCAGAAUAACCCAUGUGCUCACAAGUGCUUGGAUACGGGAGUAGCUGUUGAAUGUACCUGCUAUCCAGGAUACCAGCUGGAUGCUGAUGGGAAAUCCUGCAAUGAUAUUGAUGAAUGUGCACUAGAAGUUCAUUCUUGUGAUAUCCAGACACAGGAAUGUCGUAAUCAGCCUGGAGGAUACGUCUGUGUGAAUAGAGAUGGAACAAUCAGCAAGCCCCACCAGCCAACACAUCAUGGGGAUGGUAUAGGUGAUGAUGGUAGUGAUAUGAAUUUGGGAAGAUGCCCUGUUGGUUACAAAUAUAACAUAUCUUCACAACUGUGUGAUGAUAUAGAUGAAUGUGACCUGAACUGGGGCAUCUGCGGGAACUUCAGUAUAUGUCAGAAUACAAUUGGAUCAUUCGUGUGCUUUGGACAAGUGCUGGCUGAAGAUUGCAGACCAGGAUACACAUUCAAUGAAGCAGACCAAAUCUGUGAAGACAUAAAUGAAUGUGAGAGAGGACUUCAUAAUUGCCAAGGGGAUAAACCAGUAUGUCAAAAUACAGAAGGAAAUUUCACUUGCUCUGCUUCAUGUCCAGCUGGAUACAAGUUCAAUAAGAAGUUGGCAGUAUGUGAAGAUGUUGAUGAGUGUAUGGAAAACAUCCAUGGAUGCAAACAAGGUGAAGAAGUGUGUCGGAAUGUAAUUGGAGCUUAUGAAUGUGAAAUAAAAUGUAUGCCGGGCUUCCAGUAUGAUGAAUUUCUUAGGCAGUGUACUGAUAUAAAUGAGUGUAUAAGUAACUUACAUAACUGUUCAUUGGAAACUGGAGACAUUUGCGUGAAUACACCUGGAAGCUUUGUCUGCAGACCACCCACCUGUCCAGAUGGUUAUCAGAUAAAUGCAAAUACACGUCAGUGUGAAGAUAUUGAUGAAUGUGUGAUGGGUAAACAUACAUGCAGCUCUGGAGAACGGUGUGUAAACACAUUAGGAGGAUUCUGGUGUAAUCCUUCCUGUACUGAAGGCUACAGAACUGAUGCAGAAAACCCUCAGAACUGUGUUGACAUUGAUGAGUGCCAAGAAGGACUUGAUAACUGUAACAAACCAGCAGAGAGAUGCAGAAAUACCAAUGGCAGCUUCAUCUGUGACACAAAUGUCAACUGUCCUCAAGGAUAUAAGAAAUCACUUUCUGGGGAGUGUGAAGAUGUUGAUGAAUGUGCUGUAAGCCCAAAUAUUUGUGACAGAAGGUAUUCAGUCUGUGUCAACACAGAAGGUGCUUACUAUUGCCAGAAUUUACCAAACAAACCAAGUCCCCGUUACAACCAAUGCAUUCCAGGAUACAGAUGGGAUGUUAAGCUGCACAUGUGUGUAGAUAUAAAUGAAUGUGAAGAAGGCUUACAGAUUUGCAAUCUAGAGUCAGAAGAGUGUGUUAAUGAACUUGGUGGAUAUCGAUGCAUCCUUAAACAGACUCAAUUUCCACCUGUUGAUGCACACAAUUCUGGAAAUACAUCUUCAAGUACACAAACAUGUGAAACUGGUUACACAUUCGACACAUUCACUAAAAAUUGUGUUGAUGUGGAUGAAUGUCAUGAAGAGGGUGAAUCCCCUUGUGACAGCACACAGAACUGUGAAAAUACCCCUGGGAGCUUUUUGUGUGUCUGUAAGUCUGGCUUUCAGUUGGAUCCAGUACUUCAGGCUUGUGUUGAUAUUAAUGAAUGUCAGCUUAACAAACACGACUGCCUGCCAACUCAAAGGUGUGAUAACACUAUUGGAUCAUUUCACUGCAUUCGUGUAACAAGCUGUGGUACAGGAUACACACUUAAUGCACAAACAGGACAAUGUGAAGAUGAUGAUGAAUGCCUGUUAGGAACAGACACUUGCCGUAAUCUGGGUCCAAUGUGGCAGUGCCGCAAUACCCUUGGCUCAUUUCGCUGUGAGAAAAAACGCUGUGGAGACAAAGAAAUACUACUAAAAACUGGUGAAUGCAGAAGUGUGGUCUGUAAUCCAGGAUAUGAAAUUGGACCUCAAGGCAGAUGUGUUGACAUAAAUGAAUGUGAGAAUCCUGGUGCUUGCAAAAGAAAUCAGCGCUGUGUGAACGAGAUGGGCUCCUAUAGAUGUGUCAAUCUUCUCCACUGUGCUGAAGGAUAUGAGCUUAAUCCAGAGGGAACACAGUGUUUCGACAUUGAUGAGUGUCUCCUCAACAAGCAUGACUGUGGACCUACUCAAAUAUGCCAAAAUACAGCUGGAGGAUAUGCAUGCAAGUGCCCAAGUGGCUACACCAUCUGGAGAAAGGAAUGUCAUGAUAUUGACGAGUGUAAUCGCUAUUCAGGACAGGUAUGUGCCAGAAAUUCAGAAUGUCGCAACACCCCAGGUUCUUAUGAAUGUAUAUGCAAGGAAGGAUUUAGACAGGAACCAGGAGGAAAAACAUGUUUAGAUAUUGAUGAAUGUUCAGAGACAGCAGGAAUUUGUCAGCAAAAUUGUAUAAACUUAUGGGGAUCAUAUCGAUGUACAUGUGAUGCUGGAUAUGUGCGUAAUAUUGAUAAUCGAUCAUGUGAUGAUAUAGAUGAAUGUGAAAAAUUCAAAGACCGUAAGCUGUGUGUUGGUUUCUGUACAAAUGAACCAGGAAGUUACCGAUGCAGCUGUCCAAGUGGUUAUCGUCUUGGUGCUGAUGGCAGAACAUGCCAUGAUAUUGAUGAAUGUCUCAUUGGAAAUGUGUGCCGUGGCCCAGAUGACAACUGUCUGAAUACCAGAGGAAGUUAUCAGUGCAACAGAAUAGUUUGUCCUCCUAAUUUUGUAAGAGACACAGAGCAUAAGAACCGAUGCAAGCGAGCCCAAUUUCUGUGUCAUGAAUCCGAUAUAGAAUGCAUUCGCUUGCCAAUGACAUACUCUUUCAACUUCAUAACAUUUGUAUCUAACAUUCCAAUACCACAAGGGCAUCUAGAUUUAUUCACAAUGCGAGGAAUAUAUUCUACUGCAACAGUCAGUUUUAAAAUGGAACUACUAGAUGCAAGAGCACCUGAAGGAAUUCCAAAAGCUACAAAGGAUUACUUCCGUCUCCGGCGAACUGCAGUUAACCAAGCUGUAAUCUCCUUGAUACGCUCAGUGGCAGGUCCUCAAGAAAUUGAACUCCAACUUACAAUGGAGCUGUAUCACAAUGGACUCUUCUCUGCAUCUGCAGUUGCAAGGUUAUUUAUAGUAGUUUCUCAGUAUGAAUUUUAAUUUUAGCAUUGUGAACCUGACAAAUAUUUGCUGCAACUAGUGCCACCUUCAUUUGAAUUACAUUGAACAAUUAUUUUCUCAAUUGUGAAAGGUGUAGUACUAUAAAAACUUUAAAUUUUAUGUGAAUAACAUGGGUUGAAUCACAAAUGUACUCUAUUCUGAAUAAUAAAAAAAGAGUUUGGACGAAGAUACUUAGAAUCAGGUGGAGAGAUUAGUAUGCAAGUGUUGUAUGAGUAACUAAGUAUUUGAAUUUAUUUCUGUAAAGAUCAUCACUUCAUGAUUUUAUUACAUUGAUGUAAAUAACAAUAAUUUGUAUAGCAACAUUUUCAUAAGAAUUUCCUCAAUGUGAACAUCUGUAAUUUUAAUUAUACACUGUAAAAAUUAAACAAGAAAAAAAAAUGAAUACUGUAUUGAGUGGUAUAUUGUA